UCUCUCUCUCCCUCUCUCUCCGCUCCAGCACUUUUAUCCAGCAUUUAAACAGGCACCUCGAGCCGUUCAGAGCAAGUGCAGCUCCCAGAGUCCUGCAGACCAGCAGCAGCAGCAGCUGAGCAGUGGCCAGCGUGGAAAGACCUUGUGGCCACAGCCGGCGCAGAGGUCAGCCCGAGCCGGAGGACGAGGAAGGCAGGCUGCCCCACACGCAGCUCCAGGCGGCCUUCCCUGGGAGCAGGCUUGCGGAGGUGCUGCUGAGAGCCGGGGCCUCGAGGGCCACACAGCGGGAGUCGCCAAGGCAGUGGAGAUGUGGGGCACCCCGCAGUGGACCCCCAGCCCUCUCCUGCCCCAGCCCUCUUCCUCUUCCUCACCCUGCUGGGGGGCGACGGAGCGCUGAGAUUGGGAGGUGCGGCCGUGUGCGAGAGGUUGGGGGGGGGGGAGGGGCACCGGAACAGCGGGGACCAGCCUUCGGGCCACCAGACGGGGGCGGGGGGCACACCCAGACGUGUGUGAUCGGAGACCGCCCGCCGGAGGCGCGCAGAGAGGACAGAUAAGAUAGCGGCGCCCCGCGGGGAGACUUGUUUUGCCUCCGCGUGCCUGUGUUCCUAACUCUUCCCCACACGCUCGCUCGCUCGCCCGCCCGCUGGGAGAAGCGGCCGGCUCUGACCCCCCGUCUGCAGGGCUGCCGCUGGGGUUAACUGCCGAGGGCAGGGCUGGGAUCCCGGAGGGACUGUGGAUUAGAGCAGGAAUUCCUCUCCUCUUCUGCGGCAGCUGUGGCUCCCGCGUCUGGGACACGAGCACCGUUCGGGAGCGGACCUGGGGGCCGGAGGCGUGGUGGACAGGGAUCUGCGGCGGACAGAGACAGGCGGGCAGAGGCUCGGAGAGGGAGGCCUGUGACCGUCCUGCCCGGAGCUCUGCUGAGACAGGGUGAGACAGGAGCGCCAUGCCGGGCCGCACGGCCAUGCUGGGGCUUCUGGAGGUGCUGCUCUUGUCCUGCCUGGGGACCCCCGGGGGCCUGGCCUGGAGGCCCUCCCAGCCGCGCCUGCAGUUCAGCUUCUCAGAGCUGGUGAGGAAUGGCAGGGUGCUGUCCCUGCCCCUGCGCGUGGGCGACCUGCACUCCAUCCUGCUGGACGAGGACGGGCGCCGCCUCUACGCCGCCAUCAAGGACCACCUGGUCACCACCAGCCUGGACAACAUCACCCACGGGGUCCGCAAGCUGUACUGGCCGGCCAGCCCUGACCGGAUCGAGGAGUGCGAGAUGGCCGGGAAGGACCGUGAGCUGGACUGCGCCAACUUCCUGAGAGUGCUGCACCCCUAUAACCACACCCACCUGUACGCCUGCGGGACCGGCGCCUUCCACCCGCGCUGUGCCUUCAUCCCCACCGCGCUCUUCCUCAGGGGCGAUCGGCUGCUCCUGCUGCCCGGGCAGACGGAGUGCGGGAAGGGCAAGUGUCCGUACGACCCCCACCAGAGGACGGCCACGGCCAUCAUUGAUGGGGAGCUGUACGCCGGGAUCUCCUCCGACUUCAUGAGCCGGGACACGGCCUUCUUCCGGAGCCUGAGCAGCCGGCACGUGAUCCGCACGGAGCAGUACGACUUCAAGUGGCUGCAGGACGCCAGGUUUGUGAAGGUGGCGUCCGUGUCCGAGAGUGGCAACCCGGAGGACGACAAGGUGUACGUGUUCUUCACGGAGCGCGCCCAGGAGGCGGAGGGCUCGGCGGGCUCGGCGGGGAAGGUUCUGUACUCGCGGGUGGCCCGGGUCUGCAAGACUGGUCUUUCUGUGGAGCAGCUCGGAGAGGCUGAACGGGAAUCCUGUGACACCCCCCCGGCCACAGCCCCACGAUCCGAUUCCGCCCGCCGGCACGCUGUGGAUGCUGACACCCCUUCUUCCCCUGUUCCCCCCACAGAGGACGUCUUCAUUCUUCAGGGCAAGGACAAGGCCAACCCCCUCAUCUACGGUCUCUUCACUACGUCCAGCGACGUCCUGAACGGCUCGGCGGUGUGCGUGUACAGGAUGCAGGACAUCGCCGCGGCCUUCAAGGGCCACUUCUCCCACAAGGAGGGGCCGCAGUACAAGUGGGUGGAGUACACGGGCAGGGUCCCCUUCCCCCGGCCUGGCACGUGCCCCAGCCAGACCUACGGAGGCUACAGGUCGACGCGGGAUUACCCUGAUGACGUCAUCUUCUUCAGCCGCACGCACCCGCUGAUGUACGAGGCGGUGUACCCCGUGCACCGGCGCCCCCUGCUGGUGCGGGUGGGGGUGCCGUACAAGCUGACGCGGCUGGCGGUGGAUCACGUGGAGGCUGUGGACGGGCAGUACGACGUCCUGUUCAUCGGCACGGCCCCGCCUCUCCGUGUGUCUCUGCCUGGCGCCCAGGUGACCUCCGGGGAGCAGCUGGUGCUGAUCGACAGGGGGGUUCUGAUCCGCCGAGCAGAGCCGGCCCACUCCGGCAUCUACCACUGCCAGCUGGAGGAGCACGGCUUCAGCUGGACCGCGGUGAGGGUGCGCCUCUCCGUGCUGAGCCCCGCCCGGGCCGAGCCCCCGGCGCCGCCCGCCCCGCUGACCUACCCCCAGCAGCUCUGGUACCAGGACGUCAUGAACCUCAUCAGCUCCCCCUCCCCCUCCAAGAUGGACCUGUACUGCGAGCAGGUCUGGGGCCGCGCGGGCAAGAAGAAGAACCGCAAGAAGUGGCGCCUUGGAGCGGGGGGCCAGGGGGGCCACGGGCCACGCCUGCCCCCAUCCGGCGGGGCCUCCGCUCAGAGCUCCGACUACGAGCCCGUCGGGGUCACAGUCGCUCCUCUCACUUCCCGAGACCCGUCCGGCCCAGGGAGAAAGCCAGUGACCGGCAGAGGCAGAUUCUGGGUGCAGUUCGGAGAGCCGGCCUGCGUCCUGCUCUGCUCGCCCGGCCGCCGGCCCUGUCGGCGCAGUGGGGCCGAGAGCAGUCAGCUGAGACCGGCGCACCCUGGCAGUGCCUAUCAGCUUCUAUCCCGUGUGCCAGUGGCUCUCAGGGCCAGCUGGGUGCUGGGUGCCAGUUCACUCCAGGCUGCUCAGCGCCCUCUGCUCAACCUCUCUGCAGAAGAGCUUCUGGCGGGGGCUCAGUGCGCAGCACCGCCCCACCGCGGGCGAGAAUGCUGCCGGCCUGCUCGACUCCUCACGUCCCAUGAGGGCUCAUUGAUUCCGAACCCCACGGCAGUCGUCUGCUCCAGGCCCUGCUGUCUGGCCGGUCCUGAGCCCCAGGACCUGCAGCAGCGGACACCGAGGGCAGACGCUGAGAAACAGGGAGGCUUCGGGGUCUCGCUCAGGGCUCCCAGAGGACGAGCGAAAGGGGCAGACAGGGAGCUGGUGAACGGCCCCUUCUUGGCUGGAACACUGCUCGUGCGGGUGUGA